ACCGACCCUUCGAGGAAAAAGAGAAAACCCACUCUUCUACCGGUAUUCCCGUUCCCUUCUCAUCCUGUUUUUUGUUUUUUUUCCUUCUUAGGUCCCCAUUUGAAUCAAAAAAAGAGGAAGGUUCAUAUCUCCCUGCAAAUCCUGUGCCGAGGGGACCGCGGAGUCUGGAUCUGUAAUCCUUAUUUCAUUACCCGACGUUUUUCUUCGUCUCACCCUCAUUUCAACCCUAUUCUCUCCAUUACUAUGGCAAACACAUCUGAGGAAAUCCAUACUGGGGAAGAGGCUCUCAACGCGAGUGAGUAUUCACCCAUUGCGCUAUUUCCUUUCGCUCAAUCGCUCGGUCCCCAAUCCCUUGCUUCCCAAUGGAGUCACUAUUUUGCGGGGAAGGGGAACAUGGGGGUCGUUUCUACCAAGAAAAUGGUUAAACUGACGAAGGAACACCGCCACCAAUAGGCUCUAGCAGGGUUACUUCUCAACCUACCACUGAAGGAACUGGGAAGGGAGAGAUUUCUCAAGAUGAGGCUACUGCUCCUCAACUUCAUGAUCGUGAGUUGCCAAUCCAUGUAUGAGAAACGCGGGGUAGAUUACUAUGGCGGGGUGUUUUUUUUGUUUUUUUUCCCCAUCGAAACUGCACCGCUGCGCUAGCCCGAGGUAAUGGAACGGGCUAACUAUGGAUUUAUUAGUUUUCCAACUGACUGUCAAGCUCCCCCACCACCCAAAGAGCAUGCAAAUAAUGGUGGGUCACGAAGCGUAGAAAGAUUGCAAUAAAUAGCACUUCUUUUUGUUUUUCUUCCCUUUCCUUGUUUCUGACCGAGUUCUCCCGUGUAGGUAUCGACCUCGGAGCAAGUACAGGACAUCCGUCAGUCAGUCAUUGAGUUGCCAGACACCUUCCAAUACACGUGCUUUCACCUCGAGCACAACCACACUCGGAUUAGCGACUUUGUUGAGCUGUCGGACGUUCCGGGAAUCACACCAGACUCUGAACUUAUUCUGGUGGAAGACCCAUAUACAGAGAAGGAGGCUAGGCAGCAUUUAUUACGAGUACGGGAGUUGAUUGGUGCUGCUGGGCCCCGUAUAGAUCUUGUCAAUGGGAUCAAUGCCGGUCUAUGUCUAUUUGACGGAAUCAAUGUCGAGGAGGGAAAUGACACCAAGAAGCCGAGCACAGAGGGCCCUCAACCUAUGGCUAACUUCGACUUUGAUGCACCGGCUUCGCUGGACCAAUUCCUUCCAAAAAUCACGGAUACCCAGGCACCAAAGUGUGUCAAGAGCAUUGCGUUAUCGCCCUGGAACCCUCCACCGCACCACCUCCGUCAGAAGGGACACUUGAUUUAUGUUCAGGUUACUACACUGGAGGGAGAACAAUUCCAUGUCACUUCACACGUAUCUGGGUUCUACGUCAACCGGUCUAGCAGUAACAAAUUUGAUCCUGCGCCCAAGCCCGCUCCCAAGGAUUUCUUCGCACACUCGCUAAUCACUCUCUUGGGAUUGAUUUCCCCAUCCUUCAACAAGGAAUUCCGUGCGUUGCAAGAAUGGAACGCUAAGAAAGAAGCUUUGGUCACCUUUGCACCCACAAAUGCUAUUCCGGCAGCGCCAUGGUUGGUUCCGGGACCAGAUACGAAAUAUUAUAAUCAUCAGUCUGACGUUGCCCGUCCUCAAGAAACCUAUUUGAUCGCUGGAACUGAGAAUGUUGAUUCCCUCCGGGACUUCAAUGAGGAGUUUCAGUCUACCCGGGAACUUCAUAGGGAGACUGUGCAGGAGCGUGUGUUCCGCGAGAGACUUCUAUCCAAGCUGUUCGCCGACUACACUGACGCCGCCGUCCGCGGGGUUGUUCUGAUUGCUAAGGGUGAAGUGGCCCCGCUAAAUCCUACCGAGGGAAGAGACGCCCAGAUUUAUGUUUAUAACAACAUUUUCUUUUCAUACGGCGCAGAUGGUGUCGGCACAUUUGCUAGCGAGGGUGGUGACGAAGCUGCUCGGGUGGCUACCGGAAAGGAUGUUAUGGGCGUCAAGUACGUUAACGGAUUAGAUAUUCCGGGGCUGUCUACACCUGGAACUGUCAUUGUGGAUUACCUUGGGAGGAGGUUGGUGGCCCAGAGUAUUGUGCCGGGAAUAUUCAGGCCACGGGAGGAGGGUCAGAGCCAGAUUGAUUAUGGUGGUGUCGAGGGCAAGGACGUUGUUGCCACCACUGAAUCGUUUGUUCCGCUUUUUGAGAAAAUGAGUCAAGCUAUGAGGGUCAAGAAGCAUAAUGUCUGGGACAAGGAGGGAAAGAAACAUGAGCUCGUAGCCUCUGUGGAGACCAAGGGUUUACUUGGGACUGACGGGAGGAAAUAUGUUUUGGACCUGUAUAGGACCACACCUUUGGAUGUGGACUUUUUGGAGAAACACUGGAAAGGGGCUGAGGGUGAAGAGGCGGAGAAAGGGUAUCCCCAUAGGAUGGCCGUCCUUAGGCCAGAACUUGUAGAGAGUUUCUGGAAGACUAAAAUGCGGGAGUAUGUUUCUGCUGAAAUGGUGAAGCGAAAAGUGGCCAAGGAGGAGGAGCAGAAGAAGGCUGAUGAGGUGAAGGCCAAUUCUGGGAAGGAGGACGAGGCCAAGAGUGAAGAUGCUGAGAAGGUUGGUCCCACGAAAACUGGUAAAACAAAGUAAAUGCUGACACUAUGGAAAAGCAGCCCGAGGAAGAGGCCCAAGAGAAGAAGCCUGAGGAACCAGACAAUAGUACUGGCAUUGAUAUUUCUGGCUUCGAAUUCUCACUCAAUCCUGAUGUCUUCUCCGGCCAACAACCAGAGACGGAGGAGGAAAAGGCGCAAAUGGAGAAAGACGAGAAAGAUGUCAGAGAUGCUUGCAAUUUUCUAUUAACAAUGGCAAUACCAAGAUUGGUAACAUUUUCUUCGCCCCCCCUAAAAGACGUAUCAGUUAACGUGCAUCGUCAGAUUUCCGAUUUGGCCGAAGGUGAGGUUGGGUCACCCAUGGACGGCCACUCUCUUUCCCGCCUCAUGCACAAGCGGGGUAUCAAUGUUCGCUAUCUUGGAAAUAUCGCCUCUUUGGCGGAUGAGGAAGGGACCAAAUUAGGCUCCAUCAAGACCCUUGCCGUUCAGGAGAUGAUUUCCAGGGCGUGCAAGCAUAUUUUGAAUGCCAUGCUCCGUGGCCUCCCUGGCCCAUUGGUUCCCUUCUGUGUUUCGCAUUUCCUUAACUGCCUUCUGGGCGCCGGGCACAACCCCAACCCAACUGUUACCCCGGAUGAGGGCCUCUGGAAGCUAUAUCAUGAUGCCGACUUUGGUUUCGAGAAAUUGACUAUCGAGGGACUCCGGGCGAGGAUUGAAAAGGAGGUCGGCAGGAGGUAUCGGCACAGUCUUCAGGAGAAUUGGAUCAGCGGUAUCAAACAUCUACAAAUGCUUCGGGAGAUUGCUCUCAAGUUUGGUCUCCAAAUGAAAAUCAGGCAUUAUGAAUUCGGCUCUCCUAAACCCUCACAAGUGGCCGCAAAGGUUAAUAGUGAGGCAUCACCAUCUACUAAUGGAAAUCCAAAGGGCAAGUCGGGCAGCAAGAAGAAGUCGCCCGUGGCAUCGAUACAUGAGGUGCCUGUUCCCAAGGGCCCCUCCACCACUUUUGAUCCCGAGGAUAUUAUGAACGUGGUACCAGUUGUCAAGGAUUCAUCUUCUAAGGUACUCUAACUGAUUGUGGCGGUUUUACAUUGAUUAGCUGGUCACUUACUAACGAGACAAUCCCGCAGAGUCUGUUGGCUGAGGAGGCGCUCGAGGCCGGCCGAAUGUCGCUCAUUCAAGAUCACAAGGAAAUGGGCCAGGAACUCCUUCUCGAAUCGCUUUCAUUGCACGAACAAAUCUAUGGGGUGUUGCAUCCCGAGGUAGCCCGUGUUUACAACACACUUUCCAUGCUGUAUUACCAACUAGAUGAGAAGACAGCUGCUGUAGAACUGGCCAGAAAGGCAGUGAUUGUAUCGGAGAGGACAUUAGGAAUUGAUUCUGCCGAGACGCUGCUCAAUUACCUCAACUUGGGACUCUUUGAGCAUGCGAACGGAAGCACUAAGGCAGCCCUGGCUUACAUCAAGCAUGCACUCGGCUUCUGGAGGAUUAUAUACGGCCAGGCACACCCCGAUUCGGUCACGACAAUGAACAACGUCGCAGUAAUGCUUCAAGCACUGAAGUAUUACACCGACUCCCGGAAGUGGUUUGAGGCAUCCUUGGCCGUUUGUGAAUCCAUUUUUGGGAAGCAAUCCCCGCAUACGGCCACGCUGUACUUUCAGCUCGCGCAGGCCCUUGCCCUCGACCAUGAUUCUAAGGGAGCCGUCAACAGGAUGCGCGAUGCCUACAACGUCUUCCACGCGAAGCUUGGACCGGAUGACCGCAACACUAAGGAGGCCGAGAGCUGGCUCGAUCAGCUCACUCAGAACGCUGUGCUCCUGGCGAAGCAGGCAAAGGACAUUCAGGAGCGGAAGAAACGGGGAUUCUCCAUGGCGCCCCACGUAACUAUGUCGACCCGUCCGCAACCCCAGGUUGGUCAAGGAUCUGUCACUCCGCACGGAGUAGCUGAAUCAACGACUUCAGCGUCCGGGUUGGGCAGAAUGGACUCUAGGAGUAUCGACGAACUCAUCAAAUUCAUCGAAGGCAGCGAACCCACGGCUCCAAAGAAGAAGCCUGCAAGAGCUAACCCUAAGAGGCGCGGGGGUGCUACUGGAUCCGGGCCAAAGAAAUAGAAGAGCGAGUGUGCAAACCUUACCCGCGGGUGGUCGUUGAGCGCUGUAUUGGGGGAUUGCAGUAGAGGAUGGAAGUUUGUUUUGUUACAUUUAAGUACCGUAUGGGUUUUGAAUUCUCCCGGUAAGUCCUUUUUCGUCUCACUGUGGAUCAAAUUUCGGUAAUCUCCUUCCUUGUUUACUUUUGUCUUCUUGCUUUCUCUAUUCCUCUCUCCAUCUCGUUCUCGGCGGUAUUCCAGGGAUCAGCAGGCGCAACAAGAAAGCUUUUCCUCUCCCUUUCCUAUUUUUCCUUUUGUGUGGGUUGCGGUAUCUAGGCUUUUCCUUAGCGGCACGUUAUCUUUGGCACAAGACCAACCUGGGACAUUGUUGGCGGUGAAUUGAGUUGAGUCCGGUGAUGAAAAGAAAAAAAGGAAAAGAAAAGAAGAAAGGUUUACACAAAAGUUUACUCGAUCUGGGUCUGUUUUAUUUGUCUGACAUUUGUAUUCUUUUUUUUUUUUUUCUUGGGUUAUCAUCUCUUUUACUUUCUUUGGGCUUUUCCUUCUGGCUGUCCCUCCUUCCUCUCUGUGCGCUGUAGAUACUAUCUCCCUUCCUUCACCCUUUUCCCGGAUUGUAUAGUAGUUUGGUGAGCAUCAUCUCUUCUCAGUCUUUAAACUCGGGGGGGAGGUACGGUUUCACGCUCUAUCUGGUCCAGCCGAGUCCCCCCCACAAAAUCCAAUCCAAGAUAUCAUACCGUACUUCACGCGCAAAAAUGAGGCGGUAGCCGCGUUUACCCUAUCGGUCGCUGGCCUGUUUGCCCCUUCGUAAGGAUACGGUACUGUACGGUAAACCACGACAGGGUAUCGUGCUCUAUUGUACAAGUACAUGUACAGUACUCGUGCAAGUACCUAUCCACCAACCAACCAAUCGAUCCCUCGAAUGCCAGUUCACACCCCGUGCGUCCAUCCAUCCAUUGCGUCCAACUACCGUACCGUAGUAGCGCCGAAGCAUUUUUUGAAAAAGCAGCGCUAUCGUAUGCCAUCCGGAACCCAGGCAAAAGGGCCAAAUUUUGGCGGUACAUGUACUCCGUAGAGUACUCGAGUACCGGUGUGCGAUAGAGUACCGGUAGCGGGUACGCUGCAUCAACAUUUUCGAAAGUACCAUACAUACCCGCACAAUAAGGUUUUCGAGUGAUACCGCAUGGUAUGGCACGGCAUGGCGCACUGCGUCCGUCCCACCCACCCACACACUCACAACUUACAGUACUCGUACAACUCAUGAAUACUGCACGGUACCGGCACUCCACGCUCGAGGGCAAAUGGUGAAAAGGGCACAAAAAAAACUGAUGGAAAAAGGAAGGAAAAAAAUUGGAAAGGAGGUCUGGUCUUGGCUCCGAUGCUGGUUGAUGGAUCCUCCUUUUAUUAUGGAGGGAC